AUGGUUAAUAUUUUUAAUCGACAGACGCACGAGAAUCGAGAAGAUGAGCAUCAAGAGGGGGAGGAUCGAGAACAAUAUCCGGCUCCAGAUGAGAGAACUCGACUUCUCCCUCGCGAGACCGAGCGGUAUUUGAGUCCUGAUGACCCUGCUGUCUCUCCUUACAACCUCUGGAGCGUUCGAGCUCUACGGGGUCUCACCUCUACCUUUCUCGCCGUCAGCUUCAUCUGGUGGACAUUCCUACUUGUAUCCCUCUUCGUCAGUGCACCGGCUUUACACACUCGCGGAUCGGGUUUCUUCGCCUUUGCCUACACUACGUUAACGGUUGGAUACCUUCUGUUCGGGCUCAUCUUCUUCGCCGUCCCCUCGAAACCGAUGACAGUAUGGGGUCUUGUGCUCGCCCUAUUCUUAUUCAUCGACAUGUGCAUAACAGUCGCAGUGCCACGCAUACGACUUGAGGAAGGCUGGGUCGGCAUAGCUACUGUGGUCUGGGCAACCCUCAUCGCAGUCUACAAUAUUAUGCAGAACCGUUUCGUUGCUUGGGGUAAACGAGAGGAGGAAGAGCGGCUCACAGGCCGUGAGGAGACCCGCCGGUCUCUACGAGAAUGGCUCGCCGUGCUAGCUGAGACUCUCUUCAUGGCCAUCAUUGCCAUAAUUUCCGUGCUUUUCAUGAUCACACUGGCGCUCCGAGCGCGAGACGCCACCCUCCAAGCCCCAGGGCAGAAAUUCUACGUCACCGGUAACAACUACCAGAUACAUCUUGACUGUGUAGGAAACUCGACCGAUGAUGAUUCAACACCAACCAUUCUCGUUGAAGGUGGUGAAUGGCCUGUCGAACAUACUCUCCAACCAUUCAUCGACGAGCUUCAGCAAAAGGGUGCUAUAUCCCGCUACUGCUACUGGGAUAGACCAGGAAUCGGGUGGUCUGACAAUGCCCCUUCCCCAUUCUCAGCUGGAAUGGCCUCAGAUGCACUCUCAGAGGCGCUCGCAUUGGCUGGUGAAGAAGGCCCCUGGGUCCUCGUCUCUGCAGGCGUGGGAAGUAUAUACAACCGGAUCUUCGCGAGUCGCCACCUACUCGAGGUCAACGGCAUCUUCUUAAUAGAUCCGUUGCACGAAGACUACCUAUCCGACAUCGGCGAUCCGGGCUACGGCUUCGCUCUAUGGGUCCGCGGCAUACUUUCACCGCUAGGCCUUGACCGUAUAUUCGGGGCUAUCUUCAGGCAUCGUACGCGCGAGGACCGUGUUUUCGGCCGCAGUUCCUAUCAAACGGGCAAAUUCAUCCGUGCGAAGCUCCAGGAGAACCUAGUCGCCGAGUCCUUGACCUCAUCUGAGAUUCAAGCUGCGCGGCAUGUUCAGAUGGCUGAUACACCGUUGAUGGUUAUUAGCUCUGGGGACGAAGUAAAGAAAAGUGAUAAGUGGGCUGAUAAGCAGGAGGAUCUCACAAGCAUUACGAAGAAUCUCAAAAAUUGGGAUAUUGUCAAGGAUGCGCCGCAUGAUGUGUGGAAGACCACGGAAGGGAGACGGGUCCUGGAGGAAAGGCUGAGAGCUAUGGUAUCGGAAAAAUGA